AUGGAUGCAGACAGCUUCAAAGAUAUGUUCAACUCAUUUAGAACGGAGAUGAGUCAGGACUUAAAGAAAGAAAUGAACGAAAGAUUUGAUACCUUCACAGAAAAAUUUGGAGCAAUGUUGAAAAAUCAUUUAAGUAGCCUUGAUAAAAAAUUGAAGGAUCAAGAAGAGAAGAUAUCGCAACUAGAAAAAGAUAACAAGAGGAAAAACUUAAUUAUCCAUGGUGUUGAGGAGAAAACCGAUGAAAAUCUAGAAGAUCGGUUUUUCAGAUUGAUAAGACAUGAAAUUGGAGUGGAAAUCGAGAAUUGGGAGCUGGAUUUCAUCAGGCGUUUGGGGAAGAAAACAGGAAAUACCAAAAGACCAAUUGUAAUCGGAUUAACAACGUGGAGGAAGAAGAUGGAAAUUUUGAAAAAUAAAGGAGCAUUAAAAGGUAAAGAGGUGUUCAUCACAGAAGAUUUUCCUCGGGAUGUGUUACAGAAGAGGAAGGAGCUAAAAGAAGAUAUGUUUGAAGCAAGAAAACAAGGAAAGUACGCCGUAUUGAAAUAUGACAAGCUAUUUAUAGGCAGUGAGAAUGGAAAAACAAAGAAGAAAAGAGAAUUGAGUAUUUCACCGCAAAAAGAAGAGCAAAACACCAAGCCAGCAAAGAAGCGAGAUGGUAAGCAAGGUAGUUUUCAUCUUGGAAAAGGCUCUUUGGAUGGAUACUUCAAAAAUAGGAACAAGGACUCACAAGAAAUCGGGCGAUGUACUGACACAUCUGCAGAAAAUAGAGAAUAG